AUGCCCGCAAUCCACACACUCCCUCGCAACCCGAUCGGUCCGCUGGCCAUUGACUCACCCAUGGCUCCCGAACCUGCACCGGCGCCCAACGGCUGGGCUCGUCCGAAUGCGCACGCUGCCUCACAAGCCUCGAAAACGUCACAAUACAUUGAUAAGAUCACUUCCGAGAAUGAGAAGCUGAAGAGAGAAUUGAAAGCUGAGCGACUGGCACGAGAAGAGGAAGCGAAGCGCGUUUCAGCCGCACGCACAAAGGCCGAGGACUCACGCGCUGAGCACCAGCACCUACAACUACUCGUCGAUACCAAUGCAAGGGCUUUGGAACGAAAGGACAGGAAACUGGAAGAGAUGAAGGCACAACUCGAACAGGAAUCCAAGAGAAGAAAGGCUGCCGAGCAGAGGGCAGAAGAGGCCCUCAAGAUGCUCGGAGACACGCGGUCCGAGACACAACGCCAACUCGCAGCGGCAUACGAGCAGAAACACUUAUCCGAGACGAAUGCGGACACAGCCCGAGAAGGUUACAAGCGAAUGACUGACGGCUACGAGAAGAAGAUCAAGUACAUCACCGAGCAGAUGAAGGAGCUACGGCAAAAGCAGUACGACGAUGCCGACAAGAUCAAACGACACGCCAUCAUCAGCGAUCAAUUGCAACACGAACUUUCUCGAAGACAGCGGACAGAGACCAGAAUGGUCGAUAUGAUGGGGCAAUACAAACGCGAACACCAGAAAGAGAUGGAAGAUUUAACACAAGAGGCUGAACGAUUGCGAGUAGCCGUGCCCAGGAAGGAAGAGGAGGCGGCAAGGCUGGUACAAGAAUUGCAACUCACUAAGGAUAAGAUGAAGUGGGUAAUGGCACAGCAACAGCGGCAAUCCUAG